AUCAUUUCUCCCCCACCAACUCUUAUAUGCUAAUUAAGGCUAAGGCUAAGUACACAAGUUGAUACUUCCCAUCAUUUGCUGUUUCCAUUGAACCCAGCAGCCAUGCAUUCACUUGGAUCUAGAAUUUCCCUAUUCAAAUACUUGAAGUCUCCUGUAAAGCUGCAUAUGGCUUAUGCUCUCUAUAUUGCGUUGUCAAGAAGACUUGCUGGCUAGCUGUGGCCCUCUAUGGUGUUGUCGAGAAAGCUUGCACACUAGUCUGAAGCCAGAAGAAACUCUCAUUUGUACAGAAACCAAGUUCAAAAUAUCACGACCAUCCAACCAUCAUAGAGGUAGAUGACAGCCUCUUCUGGUUUCAGACUAGUAUGCAAGCUACUUUCAAUUGUUUGCAGCUCUAAAGCAAGUACUUAACAGAGAAGUGUAUGGAGACAAUAAAAUGUAGAAACUUGCUUGGUACAGGCAUAUUGUAUAGGCCAAGGAAAGAUUACUGGCUCCAUCUAGUCUCAGCCACAAAGCAGAUUUGUUUCACUAUAUACACGUUUUAAUGUACAGUCUAUGCAUGGAACCUCUGUUAACAACCACCUCCGAAUAAAUUAAUGCCAGUUGCUAUAUAACGGCCAGGCACCCAGGUCCCAUGCAAAUGAACAGUUUGUGUACAAAACAACCUCUUGUAAUUAUAGAACCAGUGUAAAAAAUAAUUCUUUUUCUAGAAACAAUGUAUAUACAAAAAAAUUGGUAGUAUAUGGGCGUUAUAAAAGAGGGUAUCCUAACCAAGGCUGGUUCUAUAAUUAGAACGCUUACGGCUCAACAAAGGCCACCUCUGUAUAAAGGCCAAAACAUUGUUCCCCAAAGGUGUUCGUAGAGGGGUUCAUUAACUGAUUUAACGCAGUUUCUAUAAUUGUGUUGACAGCAUUGUUUCUUGCGUACAUGGACUGCCCCCAUGCAACAGCAUGUCUUUGCAUAUCAUGUUUGACACAAACCACAAUCUUCUUUUACAUUCAGAGCAUUCGUUACACCUCUUUUUCUCUUCUUUUCUCCCUGUUUGUCAUACAUAAUCAAACAUUCCAUUUACAAUACAUGUAUAAUUAUGGUCAUACAUUUAUACAGUGGAAAGAAUGUUAAAUAUUAUUGCUGACCAUGCAAACUACAUGGCAGUGAUGCUUUCGAAUGCUCGGGAUGCCGUCGAAUUAUUAUUUAUUGUGUGGAAAAUGCUCAACUUGCGAAUAGAAACGCUAUGAAUAACAUUAAUAAUUAUUUUACUUGAGCAGAAUUUAGCAGAACUUAAUAUCAGCAAAAUGUGAAAUUGCAAACAAAUCUACUAUGAAAAUAUGUCACCUUAAUAAGGUACUUAUAAAACAGCUAGUGUCUAGUGGGAGGAUCCAUUAUGGGAGGUUGCACUGUAUAUCAUUCUUACAAUGAAUGAUUUGCAUGGGUGUAGAUCUCGAUCAGGAGGCAGAUCCAUGCAGAAAGGGGAGUUGAUCUACAUAGAGUGCUCUAUUAUGAUUAUAUAGCUGCAGUUCCAAAGUGAUCUGCACAUGCGUUAUUGAGAGCCUUUCAUACUCAUAAUGAUGGAAAAAUCUGGAGAACUACUAAAAGAGGAAUUUACACUAGAGGAGACUGUCUCCAGUACAGACAGCAUGCAAGGUCCCCAUUAGACUAUGGACGAUGGUCUACUCUGUUUUGACUGUGUGUCUGCUCUCUCUGCUCGCUGGAGUCACGCUUGCCUUCCCAUCGCCAGUGCUGGUGGAGCUGCUACAAUUGGACGAUCCUCAGUUCAGAUUUGACACUCAGCUGGCUGAUAUCUUUGGGGCAGCUGCUCCAGUGGGUGGUCUCUUUGGUGGAUUAAUUGCCGGGUGGUUGGCGGACAAGUUAGGUCGUAAAACCACCAUCAUUCUAACGUCUGUGCCCUAUCUCAGUGGCUACUUCAUUAUCCUCUGUACUGUACUCGCUGAGAAUGGCACAGUCUUCAAGGUGGUCUUGAUGGUGGGCCGAUUUCUGACUGGUGUGGGAAUGGGAUGGACCUUUGCAAUACUGGGGGUUUACAUCGGUGAAAUUUCUCCGUCAAGAUCCAGAGGAGUGUUUUUGCUAGUAUGACUGAAGUGACCAUUUCUCUUGGAAUUCUAUUAAUUUUGAAGCUGGGGGCUGUUUCAAACACACACUAUUACCAUUUGGCCCUUGUGAUCGUAGGAAUUGUAACAUUGUUCGUAUUACUGGGCAUUUGGAUACCCGAGACACCAAGAUGGCUACUUUUGAAAUCGAAGAACGAAAAAGAAGCUACGGCUAUUUUGAAGUACUUGCGAGGACCAAAGUAUCGAAAAUUACAACAGGAAGUUAAUGAAAUUAAAUCAAGUUUUACGAAGAAAAGUCCCACAUUCUUCAAUACUAUCAGACAACUGCUUUGCAAUCGAAAUAGGCUCAUUCCCUUCCUGCUUGUGUUGUACAUUUUAAUAUAUCAACAAGCAUAAGGGACCGCUGACAAAUUUCAUUGGUCCAAUAUUUUCCGAUAUUGGCGUUCCAUCUCCCAAUCUCACAGCUGCAUUUUCACUUGGCGGUGUGAGUUUGCUGGUUUCUAUUAUUGGUGUGAUAGUGAUUGAUUUCGU